AUGACGGCAAUCCGUGCUUCUCAGGGUAUCGCCAAGUGCUUUUGGCGGCGCGUCGACCAGAUGCUCUCCAUCUUCAGCAAGGGGCUUAAGCCCAGCCAGGGCCCGGCACUCGCUGCCGUCGCCACCAACGUGACGUCAACCCGUUUCGCGUCGAGCGAAGUGAACUUCUCGGUACAGGCGUUCAAGCUGCACAAGCUGGACAACGGGCCCAACACACAAGUGAAGCUGACGCGAGACGAUGCCCUCAAGUACUACAGACAAAUGCAGCUGAUCCGCCGUAUGGAGGGCGCCGCCAGCAACCUCUACAAGGAGAAGAAGAUUCGAGGAUUUUGCCAUCUCUACUCUGGACAGGAAGCUUGUGCCGUUGGGAUGAAGGCGGCGAUGACUGACGGCGAUGCCGUGAUCACCGCCUAUCGCUGCCACGGAUGGACGUAUCUCUGCGGAUCGACCGUCACCGAGAUUCUGGCCGAGUUGACGGGCCGCAUCACCGGAAACGUGUACGGCAAGGGCGGCUCGAUGCACAUGUACGCCAAGGAUUUCUACGGAGGAAAUGGAAUCGUCGGGGCACAGCAACCACUCGGCGCUGGAGUCGCUUUCGCCAUGAAAUACAGGGAUCAGAAGAACAUCUGCGUGGCGUUGUACGGUGACGGAGCCGCGAACCAAGGUCAACUCUUCGAGGCCGCCAACAUGGCCAAGCUGUGGGAUCUGCCGUGCAUCUUUGUCUGCGAGAACAAUGGAUUCGGCAUGGGAACGUCGGCCGAUCGCUCAUCCGCGUCAACCGAUUACUAUACUCGUGGCGACUACGUGCCGGGCGUGUGGGUCGAUGGAAUGGACGUGUUGGCUGUGAGGGAGGCGAUUCGUUGGUGCAAAGAAUACUGUGAUGCUGGCAAGGGGCCUCUGAUGCUGGAAGUGGCUACGUAUCGAUACCAUGGACACUCGAUGUCGGAUCCCGGAACUAGCUACCGUACCCGCGACGAGAUUCAAUCUGUGAGGAAGACGCGCGACCCGAUCACCGGCUUCAAGGACCGCAUCGUCACUUCCGGCCUGGUCACCGAGGACGAGCUCAAGGAGGUUGAUAAGGCGGUGCGCAAGGAGGUGGAGGACGCGACGAACAGCGCUGUCAACGAUGGAGUGCUGCCACCGGAAGCCCUCUACGCCGACAUCUUCCACAACGACGAGCCGCAGACUGUUCGUGGAUGCACCGUUGACGAGACGAUCGUCCAGCCGUAUCGAACGACGAAGGAGAUUGUGCAGCAGAGGAAG